AUGGAUAAAAGCUGUCAUCCCUCUGCAGAGUCUACUAAUACUAGUAUAAGCACAACCUCUGCUAGCAACAGCAACAACAGCAGGGAUCAAUAUCUCAGGCACCUUAACAAGCUUUCUCAGAAGAUCUCCAAACCCAUCAUUAAAAAACCCACCUUUGAUCAUCCCCAGACCCAGACCCAGACCCAACCUCAAAACCCAAACCCAAACACCAAUCCGCAGACGCAAGCCCAGCAGAACCUGCAGCAUCAGCCGCCGGUGUACAACAUCAACAAGAACGAAUUCAGGGAUGUGGUUCAGAGACUGACGGGCUCACCUGGGCACGACCGCAUCUCAACACCUCCUCCCAUUCAACAGCCCAAGCCUCCCAGCUCGCGCCUCCAGCGGAUUCGCCCUCCUCCCUUGCCGCAAAUUACCAACCGCCCACCCCCGCUCCUCAACCCCACCACCCUCCCCCGUCCUCAGCUCCCUAACGUCAACUCUAACACCGUCUCCUUCAACAACUUUUCCGUCUUCGCUAGACCCCCCGCGCCGUUAUCCCCUCUCCCACCGUUCCCCACCGUCCACGCGCCCGCCGAGUCCCCCAUCUCCGCCUACAUGCGCGAUCUGCAGAAUCUAGUUGGUUCAAACCCCAAACACUUCUCCGGCUUCUCCCCCUUGCCGCCUCAGCUUCAACCUCCGCAAGAGCAGCAGCAACAACAACAACAACAACAAUCGCAGCACCAAGCCAUGGUUCCUUUGCAAGCCUCGUUUCAGAUGCCAUCUUCUCCUGUGCCGUUUGGGUGCUUGAAUUCGCAGCUGGCGUCUUACCCUCUCCUUUCGCCGGGCCUUCUGUUUUCCCCAACUUCGGGACCGUUAGGGUUUCCGCCGCUUCCGCUUUCUCCCACCCUGCCGGUUCCGAGCCCUCGGUGGAAAGGGAUUUGA